AUGGGCUCGGGCGGCACCUUUUGCCCUCAAAAGUCGUUCGAGAGUACCGGGUCGCGGCGGGAACGCGCCCAUCCGCUCGAUGGGUGUCAGGAGUCGAUCGCCUGCGCCACGAGCGAGCACGGGAGUCGUCGCGAUGGGAGUCGUAGCGGCGUGGCGCUGGGCUUCGAGAGAGCGACGUGGGCGCGGCGGCGCGGGCGGCCGGUGGGGCGCGUGAGGGUCGCCUGCUCCCUGGCCCGGUGCUACUUGCGUCGCUCCGCCCGCAUCCGCAUGCGCGACGCGUUCGGCCUCUUCCGCGGGUGGUGCCGCGCCGCUCCCUCGUGCCUCGAGUACGCGCUCGUGGUCGAGCUGGACAAGGCUCGCAAGGCGACGACGCGGAGACAGGCGUACGACGCAAAGACGGUGGCAGAGUACGACGCCAAGGUCAAGGCCAAGGCGGAGGGGCGCAUCCGCGAGACGACCGAGUGGAGUGAGGAGCUGUCCAAGGAGUGGGAGAAGGAGUACGAGGCGAGCUGGACGCCGCCGCCCGGCGUACAGCUGCUCACCCACACUGGCGGCGGAGGCGGCGAGGGCGGAGGCGGCGAGGGCGGAGGCGGCGAGGGCGGCGAGGGCGGAGGCGGCGAGGGGGGAGCCGGCGGAGGCGGCGGCGGAGGAGGUGGCGACGGAGAGCUGGUCCUCGAGGAGAACACCGCGGCGGGCACAGGCGGCGGCGGCGGCGGUGGGGAUGGGGGUAGGGGAGGCGGGGGUGGGGACGGCGGCGGGGAGGAGGAGGAGGAGGAGGAGGAGCUACUGCUAGAGGAGAAUGGCGAGGGGAGUGGCGUUGGUGCGGCCGCGGCUGCCAGCGGCGCGGAUGGCGGCGGCGGCAGCGGCGCGGCGGCCGAGGCGGCGGCGGCGGCGGAGGAGGAGGAGGAGGAGGAGGACUCGGAGGACGACAACUACGUCUCCGACUCGAGCGACGACGAGGACAAGCGGCCGCCCGAGCAGUUCGAUCUCUCCUCGAGCACGACCAUCAUGCUGCCGCCCCGCAACUACACGCUCGUGCACGAGGACGGCAGGUUGCACAAGCGCGACAACUUCACGCCAAUGUCCUUUGGGAUGCAGCGCAUUCACAACAACGCGGCUCCCGAGCCGGUGUGGGUGCAGACGCAGAACGCGCGCUGGAUGCAGGGCACGACCGAGGUGGUGGUGAUUGCGCACACAGUGCCGCGCGACCAGAUGCGAGCGGCGCUGCUCGAUGUGCAGCUUGCGCCUCGCCAAGUCCACGUCGCCAGCCGCGCCACGGGUCAGGAGCGCAUCGACCCGCGCACCUCGACGUGGCUGACGGACGGCACGCACGUCACAAUGACGCUGGUCAAGGCCAACCUCCAGAUCUACGACGCGGGCAAGAAGGGCACCGCCGCCGACACACACUGGCACCGGCUGCUCACUACUGACCAGUAUGUUGAGCGAGGCAUGGCGAAGAUGAGCGAGCUGGAGCGCAAGGAGAAGAAGCGGCAGGAGGAGCUCGCCAACGAGUGCGCGCUCUGCGGCAAGGACGUGCGCUUCUUUUGCGACUGCCGCUCGGGGGACAAGGACUACGAGAAGCCGCUGCCAGAGGGCUGGAAGGACCCGCGGCUUGGCUUCUGCGACCCCAUCUUCGACGGCGUCAACUACGACGCCGGCAAGAGCGCGCAGCUCCAGCCAAAGCCGGCGCCGCAGCCACGGCCGUACGCAGGCGGGCGGUGA